AUGGCCUCCCCAGACCGCUCGAGCCACAUCCUGCUGCCCCCGCCACUCCGCUCGGCGAUGAAGAGUAGGCCAAACACCCCCAACAAUCAGGGGUCAUCCUCCUCCCCGUCCCCGCUCUUCUCGCCCCCCAUCUCCGCCCUCCCACUCUCUCCCGCGGUCGCGACGACCUCCCGGGAAAGCGCCAGCUCCGUCUCGUACACCACCCCCUCCUCCCCCUAUAGCUCCACCCACCCGUCCACGUCCGCGGUCAUGGUCGCGUCCCCGAACAUGUCCAGCGUCCCGCUUGUUGCUGCGCAGGGCUACACGCACAAGGUCUCCUUCGAUACCCUUGAGAACCCGCAGGCGAGCAUGUUUUCCUACACACUCCACGUCCAGAGCGAGGGCUACGCCCGCACACGCAGCACGCGCAUCUUCCUCUGCGCCUCGAGCCCGGACGAGAGCGGAACCCAGGCGCUGGAGUGGUGCCUCGACGGCCUCGUCCAGGACGGCGACGAGCUCGUCGUCUUCCGCGGCAUCGACUCGGACGACUUCGCGGACAAGGACCACGACCUUUACCGCGACGACGCGCGCGAGCUCAUGCGCUCCAUCCAGGAGAAGUGCGUCGAGUACGACCCGGACCGGAAGCUCUCCAUCAUCGUCGA